UCUGUGCACUCUUCUCAUCUCAGACUCAGCGGAUGUUUUUGAGAUUCCGAAAAAGAUAGGCUCUAAGAAAAUCAACGUUUACUUGAGUUCGACGCUCCUUGAGGAGUACAGCAAAGCACAAGAGGUGUCUAAAGACAAAGUGUAGAAAAGCAUGGGGCAAGCAGUGAGGAGGAUUCGUCGGGAGUCGAGUCUGACAUCAUGGAACAUGGUCAGGGGAAGGAGUGGCUUGAGAAGGUUUCCCAGCUUCUUGGACCCCCAUCAGAAGUUCCCGGACAUCGUCAGCCUUCCUCCGGAGAUUGCCCUGAUGGUGCUGUCAAACCUGAAUGCCACUGACCUCUGCCUCGCGAUGACAGUCAACGACUUCUGGAGGGAACUUGCCAGUGAUGAAAUGCUGUGGCAAGGUUUAUGCAGGGCUACGUGGGGAUGCGUCACUGCGUAUGAAGGAGGAAACAGUGAGAACUUUUCUUGGAAAGCACUCUACAUGACCUUAGAUGAAGCCACACUAACAUUCAAUUCUAGUGCAGAUAUGGGGCUUGAGUACUUAUUUAACCAUCAGCUGAUCAAUAAUGAUGUUCAAGAAAUAGCCAAGUUUAUUCACACCACCAACAGACUUCAUCGGAAACGUGUUCGGGACCUUCUUUCAAGGAGGCAAGACAUCUUAGAAGCAAUCAUCAAGCUUGAUGACUACGCCAAUAAAUUCCUUCCCAACGCUCUCAGGACAUUCUUCUCUAAUGUUGAUUCACCCAGUGUAAGUGGUAGAGAUCUCCAUGGACUCCUUCAAAAGUUUGCUGAGAGGUUCAUCAACUGCAACCCAGACUGUGGCAUGACAAAAGAUGCCAUCUGUAUUCUCUCCUACUCACUCAUCAUCCUCUCCGUUGACCUAACAAGUCCGCACGUCAAAAAUAAGAUGUCCAAACGGGAGUUCAUCAGGAACGUUCGGCAAGCAACGACGGAGCCGGGCGAUGAGCUUGCGGGCCAUCUCUAUGACAACAUCUACCUUGUGGGUCACAUUGCGCCACAGAAGUGGGUCGAGUAGGCACUCCUCAAAAAAGCCUUGCACUGACUUUUUUUUUUCAAUCCCGUUUUAUACUUUGUAAAUUAGAUUGAUCAUAUUUCUAUAUGUGUGUGGUGACGUAUCAUUGCAAUAGAUGGGAGCACUGCUUGUGGCGCAGUCCUGUGAUUUGUAAGUAUUUGUUUCUUCAGCUUAUUUGCUGUUUCGGUGACUUUGAAAUCACAUUAUGGUUUGGUGAGUAAGUGAGCAGCCAUGCCACACAUUUUUUCAGGAAAACUCCCUGAAGUUGAAUGAUUUUAGAGGAGAAAACUACCUAAUUUCAUUACUAAUUAUCAGGUUUGUCCAAUUACCAACUUGUCUACUAUCAAUUUGGUCUACCAUCAAUUCUUUCACUAUCCAUUUGGUCUAAUUGCCAUUUCGUCCACUCACUGUUUCGUUUAAUAAGCAGUUGGUCCAGAAGCCAUUUAGUCCACAAACCAUUUGGUCUAAUUGGAAUAAGUGUUCAUUGGACAAAAUGAAAGAAAAUUAAAUGGUUAUGAGACGAAAUGGUCAUAGACGAACUGGUGAUUAAAUGAAGUGAUGAUUGGACCAAAUGGUUGUUAGACAAAAUGUUGAUGAACGGAAAGGCAUUCAACUAAAUGAAGUUAGACCAUGUGAUGAGUGGACAAGUUGGCAAGAGACGAAUCAGCAAUUUACCCUCACAAUUAUGGUAACAUUGUCUUUAUUGCAACUACCAUGGAAGCCUUGAUUCUGAUGAGCCCUGUUUCCACAGUGUUUAAUAAUAUUGCAAAGUUGAUAUAUAAAGCAGGACUCAGGUUAAGAAUUUAGAAUUACCUCAUACCAAUCUCAACAUUCUACUUAUUAAGAUAGGGAGGCCCCAUUACAUGAAGAUUUGUGAUCAAUUGCUAAUUUUGAAUAAAGGUUCUGAUUGGUUCAUAGCAGGCAUGGUGAACAACAUUUACUUGCAACAGUGAUUUUGAUUGGUCAUUUGCCAUUAGAAAUUGAUUGCAAACCUUUGUGCAACUGGGCCUCAAAGAUAAGAUCAGUUUGUGUUAAAAUUGAUUUCAAAAGAUCACAACUCUUUGCUUGUACAUGUAUAUGGCAAGACUCAGAGGCCCAAAUUCACAAAG